ACGCAAGUACGGUGUAAUUAAACUGCGUCCGUGUUGUCAAUGGACACACGUGUGAACCAACUUUAGCUAACCAACUAUAUCUCAAGGCAGCUGUCUGUUAUACUAGCAGGCAGGCAGAAUGAGUGGAGAAGAAGUGGAACGUAUGCUGAUACAGUUUCAGGAUGAAGCUGGUGAGGCCCUUGGAUCCCAAUUCGAUGUUCCCCUCGACAUCACCCCAGACAAACUGCAGCUGGUCUGUAAUGCUCUGCUCCAGAAGGAGGAGCCAGUGCCCCUGCUGUUCUUUGUGCGAGACGCAGAGGUGGUGUCGUCCUUGAGGACGUGUGUGCAGAGCCUGGGUGUGGAGACGGAGCAGGUGCUCCCCGUGGUGUACCAGCCCCAGGCGGUGUUCAGGGUGCGGGCCGUAGCGCGCUGCACAAGCUCCCUGGAGGGUCACACCGAAGCAGUCAUAUCUGUAGCAUUCAGCCCCACCGGAAAGUAUUUAGCCAGUGGUUCAGGUGACACCACUGUCAGGUUCUGGGAUUUGAGCACUGAGACCCCUCACCACACUGUCAAAGGCCACACACACUGGGUUCUGGCUAUUUCCUGGUCACCAGAUGGCAAGAAGUUGGCCUCAGGCUGCAAAAAUAGUCAGGUCUUCCUAUGGGAUCCAGUCACAGGACAGCAGCUGGGGAAGACUCUAACAGGCCACUCUAAGUGGAUCACCUGCCUAUGCUGGGAGCCUCUGCACCUGAACCCAGAGUGCCGGUACCUGGCCAGCUCCUCAAAAGACGGGAGUGUUCGGAUCUGGGACACGGUUCUGGGUCGCUGUGAUAAAAUCCUCACGGGUCAUACCCAGUCCGUGACCUGUGUGAAAUGGGGUGGAGAUGGGCUGCUGUAUACCUCGUCACAGGACAGGACCAUCAAGGUCUGGAGAUCCAAAGAUGGGGUUCAGUGCCGCACCCUCCAGGGUCACGCCCACUGGGUGAACACCCUGGCCCUCAGCACAGACUACGUGCUCAGGACCGGAGCCUUCGAGCCGGCCACGGCCACCAUCAACGCGCAGGACCUCAAAGGCUCAUUAGAAGAAAUCAAAGAGAAAGCCCUGGAACGGUAUGACAAAGUCAGGGGUCAAGGCUCUGAGCGUCUGGUGUCCGGCUCGGACGACUUCACGCUGUUCAUGUGGAACCCUGCGGAGGAGAAGAAGCCGGUGGCGCGCCUCACCGGCCACCAGGCCCUCAUCAACGAGGUGCUCUUCUCACCAGACGCACGCCUGCUGGCCAGCGCCUCCUUCGACAAGUCCAUCAAGAUCUGGGAAGGACGCAGCGGCAAGUACCUGGCGUCCCUGCGUGGUCACGUGUCGGCCGUGUACCAGGUGGCGUGGUCAGCGGACAGCCGCCUGCUGGUAAGCGGCAGCAGUGACAGCACACUGAAGGUGUGGGACGUGAAGACGGGCAAACUGCACACCGACCUGCCGGGGCACGCCGAUGAGGUGUUUGCAGUGGACUGGAGUCCUGAUGGCCAGAGAGUGGCCAGCGGGGGCAAAGACAAGUGUCUGAGGAUAUGGAGGAGGUAGCCAGACCCGACCCGUCCUUGCAUCAUUCAGUGAAGAAAUGUCACUAGCCCUGAUCUAUGAAGAGCUCAUGAGAAAGGCUACUGAACCAGCACUCAAUCAUCCAGUGACCUACAACCAACUAUCUGACCCAGAUAGAUUGCUUUAGUCUCGUGCAAGAUUGGGUGCCAGGUCAAAUGAGAGUAAAGGGGACGGAAACGGCACGUUGUGCCUUUUUAUUGUCUGUUAUUAAACAUCCUUACAUUUGCUGUCUGCUCGCUGAGGGCUGAGGGUUGAGACUGAGUUUACACCGGUCUAAUCUCUACCUAAUCUGCUUCUCUUAGCCUUAACGCUCAUGUUAAUACCAGCCACUCUGCCUGAGGUGCAUGUCGUUUCACCGCUGAUCAGCUACAACUGACGUAAAUACAGAUAUGCUUCCCCCCUUUUCUGCAAAACUAUGAGAUGUGUUACUACAGAAUGGUGAAAUAUAUUGUCAAAUAUAAUGGUUCGUUUUCUACCCAGUACAGAUGGGGGGAAAGGAUGUUCAUCAUUGAACUGAUCAUGUUUUGGUAUAUUACAGAUAUGUGCAUCUUCAUGUCAUUUGCAAAUAAAAUCCCUAUUCAAAUA